AUUCAUUCUGUAUCCUUAACUUUCAACGUUGAGUCAGCUAACACGCUUUCAGUGUACAUAUAUCUUCCGGAACAGAGUUUUUGUAGGUGUAGUUAAGUGUCUCUCAAGCUUUGUUUUCCAUAUCAUCACUUCUUUCUUGCUGGGAAUUUGGUGCUUCAACCAAGAGACCAAUAUCUUUCAAUUCUGCUUCUCUCCCCCAAAUUCUAUAUUGCUUUGUCCAUAAAUGUAAGUUUUCAUCAUCAUGCUGCAAAUGGGUUUGAAUGCAAGAGUCCUUACUGUCUUCAAAAGCAUUGUUUGGUUGUCAGUGAUGAGCAACUUUUUAGUACUAGUAUGCAAAGGACUGGAGAGUGAUAUUUAUUGUUUGAGAUCAAUCAAGGAUUCCUUGGAAGACCCUUUCAUGUACCUAUCUUCAUGGAAUUUCGACAAUCAUACUGAAGGCUUCAUUUGCAAAUUUACUGGAAUAGACUGCUGGCACCCUGACGAGAACAAGGUGCUAAAUAUCCGACUCUCUGACAUGGGACUCAAGGGUCCAUUUCCUCGGGGAAUCGAAAACUGUACUUACUUAACAGGUCUAGAUCUUUCGAGCAACAAACUUUUUGGAACCAUCCCUUCUGAUAUAUCGCGAUUGAUUCCCAAAAUUACAGCGCUCGAUCUUUCCUCCAACAAUUUCAAUGGUGAAAUUCCACCAACCAUUGCGGAUCUUAGUUAUCUCAAUGUCCUUAAACUUGAUAGCAAUCAGCUCACUGGACAUAUCCCAGCUGAAAUUGGCCGCCUGGAUCGCAUCAAGACUGCAAGUUUUACUAACAAUCACUUGUCAGGGCCAGUGCCAAGAUACAUUAAUUAUCAGAUUUCAGCUGACAGCUAUGCAAAUAAUCCAGGACUCUGCGGGGUUCCCUUGCCACCCUGCAAGACACAUAAGAAAAAUAUUAAUUAUCAAGCAUUCUUCAACCGUAAUGCUUUCUUCAUAAGUGGCUUCGCGGUUGGUUGGUCGCUUUCUACAGUUAUUGUUUUUGCUCUGGCUUUGUUUUAUUUGCCUGUCAUUGCACUGCUAAAAAAGAUUGUGAGCAUCCGCAGCAGCAGGAGGAGGAAGAGGACGAAGAAAAGAAACAACCAAGUGCUUGUUCAAAGAACUCAAUCGCCAACUACCAAGAUUACAAGCGAGGUUAGCAAGAUUUCUAAAUUGGAGAAAUUGGUAACUAGAAUGAGCUUCACAGAACUCACCAAUGCUACUGAUAAUUUUAGCGAAGACAACAUCAUCGGGUCAGGACAGAUGGGGACUAUGUACAAGGCACUUCUCCGAAAUGGUUGGUCCCUUGCCAUCAAAAGGUUCUACAAUUCUUCACAAUGCUCUAAGUCUGAGGAACACUUUGUAUCCGAGAUAAUGACUUUGGGUAGAUUGAGACACUGCAAUUUAGUACCUCUAAUCGGGUUUUGUUACGAAACAAAUGACAAACUGUUGGUUUACAAAUACAUGUCAAAUGGGAACCUCUAUGAUUGGUUACAUCCUCCAGAAGGUGAUGAGCCCAAGAUCAUGAAUUGGCCUGUGAGGGUUAAAAUUGCAGUUGGGCUAGCAAGAGGCUUGGCAUGGCUUCACCGCCACAGCACCAAAUUCCAAGUAUUCCAUCACAACAUAAGCUCAAAAUGUAUAUUACUAGAUCAAAAUUUUGAACCCAAGAUAUCUAAUUUCGGGGGAGCAAAGUUCAUUAAUGCAAAUGAGAGUGCUUCGGGUUGGAGUUUUUCCAUGAACGGUGAAUUGUUGGAGUUGGGUUUUGACAAGAGCGAUGUAUAUAGCUUUGGAGUUGUGCUUCUUGAGCUGAUUACAGGGAAAGAACGUAGUAAGGUGACCGAUGAUUCUGCAAGUUGUGAUAAUACUUUGAUUGGGCUAGGAUUUGAUGAUGAGAUCUUUCAGUUACUUAGUAUUGCAUGUAAAUGUGUUCAGCCAUUUGCAGAGCAGAGGCCAACAAUGCUUCAGGUUUACCAAACAAUGAGAGCCAUUGGGGAGAGGCAUGGACUUGUAGAUGAUUCUGGGACGUGGAAGCAAACAGAAAUUGCUACUGCUAGCGAGAGAAAUGUUGAAAUAACAGAGUUAAUCUAAGUGCACAAAAAAAUUUCACAGAAUAUUUGUGUAUUGUUUUAUGAAAAUCUCGUUAAAUAAAUAGUUAAGCAUGCCUAA